CAUGAAACCGGAAGGUCCAAGUACUUGCCUCCACCAUCAAAUCGUUAAACCAUUUGCAACCAUCGAAGGUGGUCAUGUCACGUUUAAGCUUCUACUCUUCCUUCGUCCUACUACUGUUACAGCUCGGUGUCGCUCAAACCGAGUUUGCUAAUGAUGGGGGAAGGACAAAUAUCAGUCCAAGCAUGGUUAUACUCAUGAUCGUACUCGUUAGUGUUUUCUUCGGAAUAGGAUGUAUCUCUGUCUCCAUGAAGAGUUGUAUCGAGCGAGCUACAGGGUUGGGCGGCUAUAGUCGUCAGAGAAACUGGCGUAACGUGAGGCAAACGACGGCGCGUGGACUCGACGUGUCUGUUAUAGAAACGUUUCCAACGUUUCGUUACUCUACCGUGAAGACGUUGAGGAUCGGCAAAGAAGCUAUGGAGUGUCCCGUUUGUCUCAACGAGUUCGAGGACGAUGAAACGCUGCGUUUGAUUCCUCAGUGUUGUCAUGUGUUUCAUCCUGGUUGCAUUGAUGCUUGGCUUCGUUCUCAAACCACAUGUCCUCUUUGCCGUGCCAAUCUUGUUCCUGUACCGGGUGAAUCUGUUUCUUUGGAGAUACCUGGUUUAGCUGGAGAAACCGGUCAAAACUCUCUCGGAACGCCGAUUGAUGAUAACCGGAAAAGGGUUUUGGCUUCACCGGAUGAGCGGUUGAUUGACUCUGUGGCUUGGACUGGUAACCAAAGCAUGCCACGUAAGUCCAUGUCUACAGGUUGGAAACUAGCUGGAUUGAUCAGCCCGGCUAGUUCUCCCGGUCAACCAGAGGAGAAUCUCGACCGGUUUACGCUGAGGUUACCACAAGAGAUACACAAUCAGCUUGUGAACUCCAGCCUGGGAAACCAAGGGUCAAAAGGCCAUGUGGAGUUACCUCAAGCAAGGAGCUCGGUUAGAGGGUACAGAACCAAAAGCCUAGGGACUGAAAAGAACUAUUUCUACUCUGAACGGUUUGAUCAAGACGGUCGGUUAGACCGAAGACCAUUUUCUAUAACUCCUCCGUACCAUACCCGGUCGAUCCAGUCUCCGGAUGAGAUUAUCAACGGCAGCGGUAAUUAUCAGGAGCGUCCUGGUGCACCUAAAGGUUUGCUUCUAGCAAUAAGGUCACCGUUUGAUCGGUUAUUCACCAAGAAGAACAAUGUCGGUGAACGUUCGUACCUUCGAUCCGGCGAUGCCAGCCCUGCCUAGACGGAUUUAUACUAUUUGGUUUAUUAAGAUAUUUCAGAAAUAAAGAAAAUCUGUAUAU